UCACCGAGUAGUAGUUUGUGUGCCUCUGGUAGUGUACAGUAGGAAGGUGUCCUUUUUUCAUUUCAGAAGACUGAAUUCGAGUUCGAUCACCAAUCAUGAUACUUAGUUGUGGGCUUAUAGUCUUAUCUGUGAUCCUGGUUGGAUUUUAUAUUCUAUAUAAAACAUCCAGUGGCUUCAGAUUCAAGGCCAAAUAUUUUACAUACAACUGUGCAAUGAUUGUGCUUCCAAUUUAUGGGCUUUUUCUUGGGCUUCUUCGACCAAGAGACGUGAAYAAUUUCCAUAGAUUUGCAAUGUCCUUGUACAACAUUUCAAGCAAGUUGUUUCACAUAUAUGUAGAGUGUGAAGGAACUGAGCACUUGGACCGAGAGAAGAUUAAGAGUAACUAUGUCAUUGUCUCGAAUCAUCAAAGUUCUGUGGACAUGAUGGCUGUGUUGAAGAUUUGUCCUCCUAAUACAACCUUUGUAGCUAAAAGAGAAUUAUUAUUUGCACCGGUUUUUGGACCGGCUGCUUGGCUUUGCGGAGCUGUGUUCGUUCGACGAGGAGAUCGUAAGAGUGCAAUACACGCUAUGGAUGAAGCUGUCGAAAGAAUCAAAACCCAAACGAUGAAUCUGUGGAUUUUCCCWGAAGGUACAAGACGACAAGAAGGCACUUUACUUCCAUUUAAGAAAGGUGCAUUCCAUGUUGCACAGCAAGCACAGAUUCCAAUKGUUCCCAUUGUGAUAUCUGACUAUUCUCCAGUCUUCAAUAAAAAGAACAAGACAUUUAAAUCAGGUACUCUCAAAGUAACAGUCCUACCACCAGUAAGYACUCAAGGUCUGACACCAGAGGAUGUUGGUGAUUUGACAGAAAAGGUGCGUCAGCAGAUGCUUGAGGUAUUCCAUGAAGGAUCAAUUCCAAAUAGCAUUCAAAAUGAUAGUAAAUUAUUAAAAAGCAAAUCUGAGUAAGUCUUGUAAAUGUUUUGUUUUAUAAUAUAUCCAAAACGUUUUGAUUAAAAUUAUUUUUGAAAAUUUAAUGUAGUAGAAUAACAAUUAUUAAUAGUAUAAGAUAUUGAGUGAUCAAAAUUUUUAUUUAGAGUGAUUAACUUAUUUGUUUUACAAUAUCAUGUUUUAUUGUUGGAAAAUAAUAAAAAUAGARAGAUCAAUAUCUUUAUUUUAAUAGGUUGGCCCAUUCAAUCAUUUCAAUAUUAUUUCAAAAAAGCUGAUAUCAAUAGGGUCCCUAGAUUGACAAAGUUAUAGUGAGAAUUUUAUUGGCCUAAUGACAUGAACAGCAGAUUGAAUAGAUGUGAUUUUAUAYGAGUUUUAGGAAUAAGUGAAGGACAAGUUAUUCUCCAAAACAUUACCUAUCUAUUUAUAGUUUUUAUCAUUUCAUUACCACUACCAGAAUGCUUUGCAAGUUUUCUUUCUUCUUUCAAUUUUUUAUAUCUUGAGAAUAGCAAGAAAGUUGGUUGUGAUCAAUAGAUGAUCCAAACUUUUUAUAAUUGCUCCAUGAGAAUAGACUCCUUGCAUGUGAUGCCUAAGCAGCUUAAUUUGGAGGAUAAAAUAAAAGAAUUUCAAUCUCUUGAGAGUUGGAAACCUAUUGUAAUGUCCUCCAAAUUGAGCUGCAUUCCAACGAGCUGCAAGGAGACUAUAACAAUUUAUUAUCAUUAGGCAACUGAAAAAAGUGUGCAAGGGAUUCUAGUAGUUGUAGUACUUCUAAUUUUCAAAAAUUUUAAAUAAACUUAGUAUCCUGUCUAUGUAUUUAAGAAUAAGAUAUAUUUAAAAUGAUGUAACUGGUUAUUGAAGUGGUUUUUGUUUUGAAGUUUGAUGUCCCAUUCACUGGCCAGCAUUUCAACAACAUUCAAUCAAAGGACUUCAACAAAAAAAACAAUAUCUUUAGGGAGAUUUUGGACUGGAAUAAGAUUUUACAGGAUUAAAUUCUUUAAUACAGUCUAUUAUCUCUCUCAAGAUAUUCAACGAUGGCUGAAAUGCUAGUCAGUAAACAAGACAUCAAGUUUCGCAGGUUGGACUUCAACAAUAAACAUUUGUAGUAAAUAUAUAUUUAAUUGAUUUUUUAAA